AUGCAGAGCGACGAUGUGAUAUGGUCUGUAAUCGGCCAUGAAUUCUGCUCGUACAAAGUCAAGACUGUUACUCAGAAUUUCUGCCGGAAUGAGUACAAUGUUACGGGUCUGUGUACAAGGCAGUCAUGUCCACUUGCGAACUCGCGGUAUGCGACGGUAAGGGAGAAAGAGGGUGUGCUGUAUCUGUAUAUGAAGACGAUUGAGCGGGCACAUACACCUGCAAAGAUGUGGGAGAAGGUUGAAUUAUCAAAAGACUAUUCCAAGGCACUGGAACAGAUCGACAAAGAACUCAUGUAUUGGCCAAACUUCACCAUUCACAAAUGCAAACAACGUGUCACAAAGAUCACGCAGUAUCUCAUCAAAAUGCGUCGAAUAAAACUACGGCAGGAGCCGAAGCUCGUGGGGGUGAAAAAGAAGUUAGAUAGACGCGAAGCUACACGGGAACGCAAAGCUCUCUCUGCCGCACACCUUGAAAAAUCUAUCGAAAAGGAGCUGAUCGAGCGGCUCAAAUCAAAAGCAUAUGGCGAUGCGCCACUCAAUGUCAAUGAAAGUGUCUGGCAGGCAAUUCUCGACCGUGAAAAGAGUGAAAAGGAGAAGGUGCUGGAGACUGGUGCUGAGUUGGAUAUGGAAGAUGACGAAACAGAUGGAGAGGAAGAAUUGGAGGGGGAGAUGGAGGAGGAGUGGGACGCCGAAGGAGGCGAGUUUGUUAGCGAUUUCAGUGGAGACGAAGAUGGCGAUCUAGACGAUGAUCUGAGCGAUCUGGAGGACGUGGUAGACGAAGGACUGGGCACAGAGGAGAGUGGAGAUGACCAAUCAGACAACGACAGCUCACCAGAAGAUCAACCACCGUCAAAAACGAUACUCGGAAAGCGGAAAGCCAAGCCUACAGCGAAGACACCUCCACGAAAAAAAUCGGACAAGUCAGGGAGAAGAGGUCCGAGGGUGGAAGUGGAAAUCGAGCGAGAAGUGGAGAGCAUACCACUUACGAGGUCUGCAUUGGCCAAUUGGUAG